CCCGGCCUCGUGGUUUGCGUGGUGCGAUCAUCGCUGCAGGUCGCGCUGUUUGAUUUCGCGUCCACACCAAGGGCAUGUUCAAAGCGGCGCCGCCGAAUCGUGGCAUUUAGAGAAGCGAUGAGGACGGAGGGAGCAGGCCAAGUGGCUGUCCUGCUGGCCGUGGCCACGCUCGUCAGUCUGCUCCUCGUGGCCGCCCUGUCUGAGGCCAAAAAUACCAACGGCUCGAGAGAUGAAACGUCCUCCUCGGAGGGAGGCGCCCUUUUUUCGGUGCUGGGUCGGCACCUGUCCAGCGUGUUGUCUCAGUCGGACACGGCCGACGUGGACAUGGCGUCGGAGAAACAGUACCUGGAGCGGCUGCAACGCGGCAACCGCUUGUCCUCGGGACGCUCGGACAAUAACAGUUCGUGGUGGUUGCCGCCGUCGCCGACCAGGCAUCGGCACCACCACGGCCGCGGCCGCCCCCACCGCUCGCACCACCACAACUCAACGGCCGCCGGCCACGAAGUGUGUUACGGCCCCAACGAGGUGCUGAUCGUGAUCGCCAUCACCUGCGCCGUCAACUUCGCGUUCAUUUUCGGCAUCAUGACCGUCGUCCAUUUCUGCAACAUCAGAAACCACUCGCAACUUCACUCGGCCGCUGCGUUAUCAAAACUCGUCUCUGCAGGACAUGCCGAUUCGCUGACUUUAGUUGCUGACGGCCGAUGCCCUUCAAAAGGGCGUCGGAAUUCGUGUGAGCCGUGCUCGGCGUCGGCGUCCAUGACGAUGCUGCUGCUGCCAGACGUGGAUGCAGAGGAGGAGGCGGUCGCCACCCCCGAGCAGUGGUAUCCAGGCAGCAGGAACAUCAACUAUCAAGCCCUCAGCCAGGCGCACUCGAUGGAGGACCUACACAUUCUCGAGUGAACUGCAAUUAACUUAAUUGAGAAAAGCUAGUCGAUCUUCGAGUGGCCUUUCCUUGUUGGUGCGAGAAAAAUUACUCCGACUCUUAUAUUAUAGACGGUUCAAAAUUUCUCAUUCUCGUUUUAGCGUCUUUCAUUAGUAUAUAUAAAUAUUCUUGGUAUUUAUAUAGAGAGGAACGAUUUAUUUGCCGAGUGUAUUCGCUCACAGGGUAAAUUAUCUGACGAUGCAAUAAAUCAAAAUCAAAUUCUUCUAGAGAAAUGUCAGCGUUUUCUUUCUAUAGAACUUCAGAUCGGGCAUAGUGUGAUUUGUGAUACGCAUACUGUAUAUUGUUUUCAGUGAUGAGAAAGUAACACAAAGAAUGUUGUAAAUAAAUAUCAGCUGAAGAAACACAUAAAAAAUAUAUUAUACUGUAACAACUGCGCAAAAGUAAUAAAAGCACAGAUAGUUGGAGAAAGACAAGACUAUUUUUCUAAGGACUGCGAAGCGUUGUACUAUAAUGUAUUGCAUAAAAAUGUAUUUGGUGUCAAGAUUAAGUGUGCAUUUACCCGUAAAAAUACAAUAUAAAUAAUGCUAUUUCUCGAGCGAACGUCAACAUUUCAUAUCAGAAAAAAAUUGCACUUGCUUGUGCUGCUUUCUUUUUUUUAUAGUUAGUGAUCCAUAAAAGUGUGUUGCUUAAAGGACAAGAUCAUCAAUCUAGGCCAUAAAUUUGUGUGUUCAGUGUGUAAAAUUGGUACGUAUAAUAAUCAAAUAUACGCGUCCUUUCAUAAUCUGACCCAUAGAGAGGUAGAAAGAAUAUAAAAAUUAUGAAAUGUAUAAA